GAAAUAUUUAAUUUACAAUUUGUAACUAAGUAAUUGGGAGCCUUCUCAUAAAAAAUUUGACUAACGAUGUGACAGACAAUUUUUAUUCCAUGCAGGCACACCUCGAGUUUGCGUAUCGGCUUUCGAUCUACGUUUAUAAUUACUGGUUCGUGUGGUGCCAGCAAAUCACCUCGAUUACUCACUUCGGACAGACAGUUCCAUGCAGUCGCAUGUCUGUAUUCCCAUCAUUCGUUUUAAACUGUUUUAAACACAUACAUUCAAGACCGCAGCAUGGUUUACUACCCAGAUAAACCCUUAGACGUGAAGGAGGCAAAGAAACAUUACGCAGAUGGAGCGGACAAAAAACGUUUGAACAUUAGCUGGACUCGCAAAUUCGUCGAGUUCAGCAAACGGACGGACCUCCAUGGUUAUAAAUACAUAGUUAUGGAGGAUUUGAAUGUUGUGGAAAGGAGCUGCUGGGCGGUCGCGGUGUUGGCGAGCAUUUGCGUGGCGAUCUACUUUGUAGUCACAGCGUACAAAUGGUACGCUAGAAACCCCAUAAUUACCGUGAUAGAAAGUACACAAGGUGCCAUCUGGGACGUGCCAUUUCCAGCGGUGACCAUUUGUGAUUUGAACAUCGUCUCUCGAAAAUCAGCGCUCUCCUUUUCCAAAAAUGUGACACUUCCACCAAAUGUCACUGUAGAAUUCGUAUACGAAACUGUUCGUUUGGCGCCACUUCUUCAUGCCACUUAUGUGGUCGGAAGUGCGCAGAAAAGAGACUUGAAAUUGCUGCAGAAGGUUCUAGAUCUAAACAAUAUUUCUAUGGAGAAGUUGUUUCGGAAGCUGUCUCCUGUGUCGUCAUGCAACCAGCUGCUGGAGCGGUGUAUGUGGAAAAACACUGUAUACCGCUGCGACAAGCUGUUUUACCAGGUGUUCACGCUGCAGAACCUGUGCUGUGCCUUCAAUUACUUCGCACUCGAUAAUCCAGAUAAACAGAUCAAGUCACCGCGCAGAGUCGCCUCAUGCGGCUACCAGACGGCGCUGACUGUGCUGGUACAAACCGACCCUGGGGACUACUACAGCGCACACGUCGCUUCACAAGGAGCUUUCGUGUACAUCGACGAUGCCUACAACGCACCGGACCUGGACUCCUCGGUGCGGCUGGUGAACCCCUCGUCGGAGGUCAUGAUCGCUCUGUCCCCCGAGCGCACGUACAGCACGCCGGGCCUCAAGGCCUUCACCACGGACUAUAGGAAGUGCUACUACAAAGAUGAAGUAACGCAACUCAGUCUAUCCCUCAUUCCACCAGCUCGCACUAAACGUUUUUCCCGCUCUUGCAACUUCAACGACAUUGAUUGUCUCGAAAAUGUGUUAAGGUUCGACGACUUCCAGAACUUUGAAGACUAUGGUGGUACAGUCAAUUGUUUACCAGAGUGCGAACAUUUCAAUUACCACUUCGAGGUUGCGCUUGGUUCUUUAGCCAAGAAAGUGGAGCUUAAUGGUCACCCAUUCUUCAAAGACGUGAAGUUAGAAAAUCAUUCGUUAGUGAAUAUUUUCUUCAACGACCUGGUUUCGACGAAGUACCGCCGGGAUGUGUACCUCAACUGGCAAAACCUACUAGCUGCCUUCGGUGGACUUAUGAGCCUCAUACUUGGCUUCACGUUGAUAUCAGGCUUUGACCUGAUUCUCUUCAUCAUCUUCAGAGUCGUCUUCGAUGUAUUCUCGAAGCUUCUUAGGAGUACCGAUAAUGAUGUCGACACCAAGUAUCAUAAAGGAAACAAAAUUAAUCAACAGAACCAAAGAAAACAGUGGUUGGAACCGAGUAUAAAGAAAAUCGCUCCUAAGAGAUGGUGAAGUCAAAGAUUUUUCAUAAAAAAGUUAAUAUUUAACUGUAGGUAAAAUGAACCUUUUUUGUAAUACUGGUAAUACUUAGGUUACAUAUUUUUCACCUAUGUAUCUACACAUAGGUACUCGUAAGUAAUUAUUACUUUAUAAGAUAUUAGCUUUUGCCCUGUUUUCUACUCGGGAUUUUUUGUUCAAAAAAUACAGAACCGUAU